AUCGAAACAACCAUCAUCCAAAAUGACCGACCCCUUAGACCUCAUCAUCUGCACCGCCUGCGGCAUCCAAUACCCCACCUCCACCGCGCCCCCAUCAUGUAAAAUCUGCGACGACCCGCGCCAAUACAUCCCGCCGAAUGGCCAAACCUGGACAACCCUCCGCACCCUGCAAUCCUCCAAAACAUACACCAACGAAUUCACCCCCAGCACCAAACACCCAUCCUCCCUCAUCGCCAUCCGCACCGUCCCGAAACUCGCCAUCGGCCAACGCGCCCUCCUCUGCCGCACCCCCUCGGGCAGAAACAUCCUCUGGGACUGUCUCACGUACCUCGACGACGCCACGGUCGCGCAGAUCGAGAACCGCGGCGGUCUCGACGCGAUCGUCAUCUCGCAUCCGCAUUACUUUGCGACGAAUUUGCUGUGGGCCGAGAGGUUCAAGUGUCCCGUGUUUAUUGCCACGGAGGAUAAGGAGUGGGUGGUGAGGAGGGGGGAGGGGCAGGUUUUUUGGGAGGGAGUGGAGUUACCGUUCACUUCUUCUUUGCUUGAGUCUUCGGGGUUGGGUUUGGGUGGUGGGGAGGAGAAAGGGAAAGAGGAUGCUGAUGUCGUGGCUAUUAAAACCAGAGGCCACUUUCCGGGCAGCUCGGUGCUGUGGUCGAAGUCGUUGCGGUCGCUGAUGGUGGCGGAUACCAUCUUUGUGGUGCCCAGUGGGGUGUAUCAUGUUGAUCGGGAGCCCGGGACGACGUCGUUUUCGUUUAUGUGGUCGAUUCCGAAUAUGAUACCGCUCCCUCCGGAUGAUGUGCACAACAUCUGGAAGGCCAUCGCGCAUACCGACUUCGACGAUACCUACGGGGCGUUCCCUGGAUCGGAGACCUACGGCAACAGCAAGAAGCGCGUGCUGGAAAGUGCUAAGAUUAUUGUCAAGGCAAUGGGAUAUCAGGAUCAUGCGGUUCAUCAGGAAGUGUGUUCAUGAAGCAUGCAAUCGACGCUAAUGCAU